CUCCUUCAGCAUUCAGUUGUUUUGUGACGUUCAGCAUGAACAGACCGCGCUCACUGUUCGAUUCGAGCGGGUAACACGUGCAUUCACAAAUCACAACAAAUGACUAUCACCUGGACAUCCGCUCGACGUCUCGACGUCUUGGACCGACGUCGAUCAGAAUGCCGCAAUAUUUUUUCACAUAAAAUGUGCCAUCCAUAUAAAACUUCUAACGUUCUUCUCUGGAUAUUAGCUGUGGCAUGUUUGGGGAGUAUUCAAAUUAAUAACGCUCAAGAUUUAAUGUGCUGCACCCAUACCACGGGAACAUGCAGGAAUGUCUGCGAAAAUAUAUCCCUUGUUCAGCUAGCUGGAGACUUAGAUUUUAGGGACAAUACAGUAACCCAAGUACAAAAAUACUGCUCCCAACAACUGGUAGCUUUUUGGGAAUGCUUAAACGCUACAAUAAAUGAUAUGUCCAGAGGUGAUUCAUGGACAGGUCGAAGCUGUUGUGCUAUUCCUUAUAGUGAAAGUUGCAGAAGAGCUUGCGUAACUGCAACAUCGCCAGAUGAUCUUACCAGAAGUUGCAGGCGAAGCGACGAAAUUACUUUUUUCACCUGUAUAGACAAGCAGCAAGUUGGAGAACUGUGCUGUAAUGAUGCGACCAGUGAUGAGUGUAUAGAAGCAUGCAGUGAUAUAUUUCGAAGUCAAUUAACCCCCAAUAAAUACCAAAGAGAAAGACUGAAAGAGAGUUGCGAGCUGACUAGUCCCAAAGUGGUUGAGUGUGUUAAGGAUGUUGUUAAAGUAACCCCAGCCAAAAAUACUUUGAAACAUUUACACUGCUGUGAUAAAUCAAACAAUAUCAAAUGUAGGGAAACUUGCCGUGACGUUCUAGCGAAGAAAACAACAGUUCAGGAGAUGAUCGAUGUAUUGGAAAUGGGAGGAUGCGGUUUACCGCUACUGCAGGACAAGUUCUGGCAAUGUUUCAUCUAUCCAACAAACGAUGAGCCGAACAGUUCAACCUCUUUUGAUGUAUCGCGAAUUGAGCGAGUUGGCAUGGAUAGUGCCAAAUGGCAUUGCUGCCAAAGAGCCAAUUCAACUCAAUGUUCCAGAUUGUGCUCGAGAACGUUUACCAAGUCUUGGUCAUCAUCAUGGGAGGACUUCCACAAGAAAUGUUUGACCAAUGUUAAUGAAGAACCUCUGCGAAAUUGUAUCGAUGAAGUUGACGAGCCUUGCGAGUUGGGGUGUGAUGGUUUGUCUUUUUGCACCAACUUCAAUAACCGUCCAACCGAACUGUUCAGGUCCUGCACUCCGCAAGCUGAUGAGGCGGCUAGAAGUGCAGUGACUUUAUGGCAAAAUGAGAAGAACAUAACGCUCUCCGAAGUCCUAACUUUGCCGCUGAAGCCCGAUAAGAAGUGUGCCAACAUCUGGAAGGCUGUAGCCUGCACGUUGCAAAUAAAACCCUGCUCCAGACAAUCACAUGCCACCCAAAUUUGCAAUGAUGUUUGCCUGGAAAUUAUAUCACAAUGUGCCGACUGGAGCCGAUUGGAGCCAAUGUAUUCUGCCGAGCGCAUAUGCGAGUCGCUAGCGCCAGAAGAUCUGGGUUCAUCCUGCAUUCAAAUCAAUGAUUAUCUUGCACCUUCAGCCGAUAACUACCCGAGAAUUUCUGAACAAGUGUCCAGUCCGUGGCAACACUCAGCAACUUCACGGAUCCAAUUUCAAGGUGGAUUGCAACUAUUGUAGCUGUUAUGCUGGCGAGCAGGUUUGCAGUAAAAAACAAUGUGAAAGUAGUUCUGUGGGAGGCAGAAACACCGCCUACACAACUCUGCCUUGCAAUUGCCCACCGCAUUAUGUUCCAGUUUGUGGCAGGAAUGGAAUCACUUAUCCUUCCGCCUGUUUGGCCAAAUGCUCAGGAUUAAAUGAUGCUGAUAUAGAGUCGCUCCCUUGCAAGAAUCCCUGCAAAAGCACUACAUGUCCUGUUGGGCAGAAAUGUGUCCCCUAUUUCCAGACUUGCUUGUCUUUGAUGCACAAACCGUGCAAGCAAUUUGAAUGUAUAAAUGGAUCCACCGAGUGUUCAUCGUUACCAAAAGACCCAGUUUGCGAUGCGAACAAGAAACAGUACGAUAACGCCUGUUUGUUGGCUCAUCACAAUGCUAAGCUCGCCUACAGAGGCCCUUGCUUGAAAAGAUGUAGGGAAAACGGUCAAGUUUGUGGUAUCAAUGGAAGAACGUACACUUCUGAAUGUGCAGCACACGCUGACAUGAUCUCGGUCGAUUAUAAUGGUCCAUGCUCUUCAAUCGGCUUGAUCACAAACACAAAAUCCCGGCAAUGUUCCAACGUAAAGUGCCACGAACUACCCGAUGAGAGUUGCUUAGGCAUCACGCCUCCAGGUGCAUGUUGUCCGCUAUGCGGCGGGUCUUUGCGGCUGUUGUACAGCAGGAAACAGAUCGACAGAGCGCUGUAUGCGCUUCAAAAUAGAGGCACAGACUCUAUAAAUUUAAGGUCUCUAUUGAAAGGCUUAGAGCGGCAAGUUCAAAUUGCACAGUGCACUGUAAGAGGGUAUGUCACAGUGGAGACCGAUAUUUUCGUAGUCAUACAAUCCAAUGAAGGUUAUCCUUCAUCUUUGCAACUGGAGGCCUGCAUUAGGGAAGCAGAGAAAAUCGCUGGUUUGGUGAACAUGAAAAGUCCCCGGAUCGUUAGUGAAGUCAGCCUGAGUUCUUUAACAUUAGCUACGGUAGUUCACACCCAUAUUGCCACUAGUAGCACUCACAUUUAUAUUCCAAACUUAAUGUUGACGAUUCUGGCGGCCACAUUUCAAUACAUUUGGUUUUUGCGAUAAUUUUCGUACAAAUCACCGAAGACAACGUUCGGAACAGAAUUGAAAAACUGCUUCAGAUAACUAGGAAUUGCGAAAGAUGAAUUCGGAUUUUACAAAAAAAAGUUUGAGACUCCGGCAUCAUUUCCAAAAAAAUUGAAAUAAAGUUUAUUAAGCUUUGACCUGUGAUAUUUUAAUUUCUAAUGGCAAAUAGGACGUAUACAAACAUGUAGUUAAGGUUUUGUAACAUAUAGCGCUACACUUUGUUUAUAAAUGUACAUUUAUUUAUGUUGUAUAUUUCUUUUUUGAUAAGUAAAUACAUAUUGUUUCAGUUCAUUACAAAAUAGAUCAUAGUUAAGAACCUAAUUUACCACAAGUAAAUCUACUGCAGACUCGCACUCUUUCGCGAUUUUGAUUACUGUAUUAUUUUCAUAUUGUUUAACAAAACAGUUCUAACCAAAGACUUUUGCUCUCUAAUGUCACUAAAAUAUGGUUCUAUUGUAACUAUGACUUUAGUUUUAAGAUUUAAAUAGUUUUUUUACAAUAACAUCUUAAAGAUUCAAAGAACGAAGUAGUUCUAUGUUGAGUGUCGUAUUGUUACCGAAAUAUAUUUUUAUUACAU